AUGGCACCCUCGAGCCAGUCGGGCCCCGGCAAGAAGAAUGCCGCCAUGUCCAAGCAGAGCCGCAACUCGACGCCGGCGCCGGCCAGCCUGCCGCCGACAGAGUUCUACGACCCAGACUAUCUGAACACCAGAGUCAUUCUUUUCUCCAACCUUGCCUAUGACGAUCUCGUCGAUCAGGGCGCUUCCACCGCCACGGUUCCCGACUCCAAGAGCAUCGACGUAAUGCUCGACAAACUCAAGAGCCUCACCAGUAUCAUGGAGAAGCGCUCAACGUUCUACGACCGAGGCAUGCGCCAUCUCGCCGAUGAGCGGAAGAAGCGCCCUGAUGACGACUACAUGCGUGUCGACGGCGAGCAAGAGGGCAAGAAGCACAAACACAAGAGAAAGAAGGGCUCCGAGUCACAGGGGCUGGGAGAUGGCGGAGAGCAAUCAUCACCGCUGCGAGACUCAAAACGAAAACACUCCCGCGACGGCUCCGCCAGCUCUUCCUUGUCGCCCAUCGCCGCAGGCUCGCCUUCUGCUAUGGACGUGGACAAGAAGCCAAAGGAAGACAACAAAGAGGAAGAAGACGAAUCGAGCUCCGAAGACGAGGGCGCACCCCCGAGACGCGAGAUGCCGCAGUCGCAAACCUUUGGCGAGGACCCCUCGACCUUCCCGGAUCCUACGGUUUAUGAGAUCAAGGAGAUUCAGCCGGGCAUGUCGGACGAGGAGAAGAGGGAGAUUUAUUCCGUUGCCGUCUACCCGCGGAGCAACCUCGCGGACAUGAUUGCUGGUGACCCGCCCGACAAGGACUUCAGCAACGCAAAGCCCAGCAGCCAAAUCAACUUCACCACCUUUUCGACGUACAUCGAUCCUUACUUUCGGCCAUUUACAGAGGAGGAUCUCGCAUUCCUGCGAGAACGCGGCGACCGCGUAUCACCUUUUGUCAUGCCGAAACGUGGCAAGCGUUCCUACACGGAGAUCUGGGCCGAAGAGGAUGGCGCCAUGGCGGUGGACUCGCCGCAGCAGGGCCGUGAAAAAUUGCCGCCAAACCAGUCUCGAGGAACCAUCGACAACAUGACGGACAGCAUAGGUGAGACGGACGGGCUCUCGAUAAGCCCACUGGCGUCGCGCCUGCUGCAAAUGCUUCGACCCGAGAACCGAACCCAGUCGUCCGACGACAAGACUGUCACUAACGGUGUCGUGAACGGAGACGUCAGCAUGAACGGCGACAUGAACGACGACCAGCCGCAAGGUAAUGGCACAGGCGACGACAAGACCAACCCGCUGCCUCCCGCUACGUACAUGUCGGAAUCGUCCACGGAGGCGUGGAAGAAGGCGACUCAUCCCAAGCUCGACUAUGCACAAGUGGACGAACGUCUGAAGCAGGAGCUGAAGCACAUCGGGUUCCUGCCGCAGGAUGGCUUCGAGGUAGACUACGACGGCCACUUUGACGACGAGGUGGCCGGCAGGCUUCGAUUCCUGCAGGAAAAGCUGCGGCAGCAGAUGCUCAUCAACGGGGCGCGCAAAGCGCGUCUGACGGAGCUGGUCCGCGAGAGGAUGGCGCACCAGGAAUACCAGACGAUCCUGGAGGACCUGGAUUCGCAGGUGCAGGCGGCGUACCUCAAGCGGACGCGGACCAUGGGCAAGAGCAAGAAGACGAAGCGGCCCGGCGGUGCAGGCGGCGGCAGCCACGUGGUAGGCGGCGCGUCGGCCACGGCGAGACCGGGCAUCGGCGACCUUACGAAGACGCUGAUGGAGCGGAGGCGCCGGUGGAUCGACACCAUCGGGUUCCUCUUCGACGACGAGAGCCUCAGCAAGGUGCCGCGCGAGUCGGAUCCCGACAGCUCCAUCUUCAAGCCGGAAGACAUGCAGCAGCUGAUGAAGCAGGAAAAGAAGCAGUGGGACGAGGAGGUGGAGGAGGAAUAA